CAAAGAGAGCCUGUCAAAAAAGAGAAGUGGCCACAGGGGGGAUUCAGAGGGAACAAGGUGGCAGGAAAAGCUGGAGCCUAAUUGAUUUGACGUCCCCAACACCACCGCCAGUGACAAUAAUAAUUAUUUGCAAGCUUUGGCUGAGGGAACCAGUGGCGAAGAGAGGAAGCAGCCGCGAAUCAUGGCCCUCAAGCAUGGCAGCCAGCAGCAGCCAUGUGGCUGACGAUGAGGGUAAAUUCUUGGAUAAUGCCAGUGGGUUACAUCCUUUCCAGACUCUAGAACCAGACCUCAGCAUCUUGUGUUUCAUCAUCAGGUGGACUCUCACAGCACUCUCUCUACAUGUCCCUCCACUUUGCCAUCCAGGCCUUCUUACAGCCAGCAGUCAGGUGACCCUUCCUUUCCCUUUGAAGAUCCCUGGCAAUCACCUGGAAUUCUUCCAUCUGCCUCCUUGCCAGCAACAGAGACUUGGAGAUGUCCAUCUUUGACCUUUGGAAACUGGAAGAUGACUUUGGUCCUGCACAGUUGGACAGCGAUAUCAAUAAACUGUAUGCUUUGGCCCUUGACACCUGUGAUGUCUGGCGUGUUGUGUUCCAAAUGACGAGCCGUCUGUAUUCGAAAGUACCACAAAAUCUUCACCUUCUCAUUUUCGGUAACUUUUUCCACGUUGUGCUCCCAUGACAUUUUGGAUACAGAUGAGAAGCCAAGCAAACAUGAUGGAGAAGCUGAAGAAUUCCCAGUCGCCUGUUAAGCCUGAGCAGCCAAGCCUUCCACCAGCUGUUACCCCAACCUCUCUUCCUUCCCCAGAUGGUGGGGGGAAUGAUGUAGAGGCCACUGAACCCCCCACCAGCCCCACUUCUUUCUCACCUCAAACAAAGGGGAGCCCUCCUGCUGAGGCUCCCCAUGCAGCACUGCCCCCCAAUGUCCCUGUCAUCAGCCUGGGCUACAGCAAGUCCCCAACUCCUGUUGAGGUCCCCACAACCCAACUCACUGCCCUACACCCCAUUCCUAACUUCUUGCAGUUCUCAGGUCUGCCUGGACCCCCUCCACCAUCCUUGCCUCUGACUGGAGUAAGGAGUCCACUUUUAGCCCCACAGUACCAGCCUCAUCCCUUUCUCAACAACAUCUACCUAGGCAAUUCGGGGACAUUUGGCCUCUUUCCCAAUAAUCGCCUCAAGCGGAGACCAAGUCAUUAUGAGCAAGACAUUACUGAAGGUCUUCAACCCCAGAAAGUGGCACGCCGGGUCUUCACUAAUAGUCGGGAACGGUGGCGUCAACAGAAUGUGAAUGGUGCCUUUGCUGAGCUUCGGAAACUCAUUCCCACCCAUCCACCUGACAAAAAGUUGAGUAAGAAUGAGAUUCUUCGCUUGGCCAUGAAAUAUAUCAAUUUCCUGGUCAAACUACUGAGUGACCAGGCCAGACUGGCUGGAGGGGAGACUGCUGAAACAGACAGCCCCUGCAAUGGCACUCCCAGGACUCCAUCACCAUCAGCAUCCAUAAAACUGGAACAGUUGACCGUCGAGUCAAUGACUGUAUUGGAAGCAGGAGAACCACGGUGAUGUCUAGCAGUAACAGAUGACCAUCACCACCCCAUUCUGUGCAUCUACAAUGCUGCACACAUGGAUCAAGCUAGCAUCAGUGGAAACUCCUUGGCCUGCACAUCCCUUCCUUGAGUCCGUCACCCAUGGAAUAGGCUGCCAUAAGAGGGCUAUAUUGACUUUGGAAGACUUCAUUUGACUUCAGGAAUCCAAAAACAGAGGGAGAAGGUGUUGGAAUCCCUUUGACUGAUGCCCAAUGGAAGCCUCAAAGCGUGGGGACUCUGGGAGAGAUGAGGAAUGAGAUUUUAUGUACAAUUCCCUGGUUUAGGGUAGCGGGGAACUGCUGUAUGAUAUCUGGUUUGAAUAAGACACCCUCUAGCUCUUGUUGGCUGUAAGAGGAAGACCUUGAUGUCAGGCAACACCAUGGCUGGGAAGGGUGCUCUGGAGUUUCAUUUUCACUGUUUGCUGAUUGCUUCUGACUUUUAGCCGUAACACUGCUCCUGCUGACAAAUCUAAGCCUUAUUGUUGCUGGGGCCCCACAUAAAUAUUUGAGCCUGUACAUAGGAGCAAAAGGAUAUAAAAAGAAGUGGCAAGGUUAAGAAGCUGAGCUCCCAGGCCCAGCCUAUUUUCCACCUUCCCAUCAAAAUGGGACUCUGGCUCGGCUAUAUUGGUGACAUCUUUCUAGAUGGGAAAAGAGCUGCUGAAGGACUUUGAGCAUUCUUGUCAAUAGCUUGGAAAGCAAUGGCUACAUAACCCUACAGACUGUCCAGUGCAUCUGCCAUGUUCUGCCUAGUUGGGUGUUCAGUAAUACCUCAGUCAGGGCUAUAUAGGCAGUGAUUUGUGUGAGGAGCUCUUCUUUUUGACAUGCUGAUUUUCCUGCAUGCACAAUGUUUUUGUUAGCAAUUUUUGUGCAGAAACCUUCAUCAUCAGUCCCAAAAAAAUCAGGAGCACCACCUCUGCAGGAGAACUGGGCCUUAAUGAUAGUCUUUUGUGAUCCAGGUGUGCUGUUGGGGAGUUACUCCAGAUGCAAGCAAUUAAGAGGGAGUGGAUGGUGGUGGUGCAGUGGCUGCUGUGUCACUCCCAAGGAGCCAGUUGGGUGGGUGGGGGUUUGCUGGGAGCCCACAGUCUCAGAAACCUUCUCCCUUCCUGGAAAGAGAAGGGCGGUUUGUGCUGAGUCAAUAUCUUGAACUUCUCCACAAACCCUGGGCCCCUUGCCAAAACCACAUAUGACAGCAAUGAUUCUGGAGGGAGGGAGGCCUGGGCUGCCUGUUAUCGGAAGUAGUAGUUUGCUGAAAGGUCUUUGGGAUGAAGGAAGAAGAAAGAUGACCGUAUCUACACACACACACACACACCAGCAUCCAUUCAAUUUUCAGAUUUGCUUGCAAAGGAAAUUGUUUUCUGCUAAUAUUUGCUUUUAUUGGGAGGAUGAUUUGUAAGAUGGGAUUCUUACACUCAUCAAUGCUGUCCAGACCAGGAGCUCCUUGGAACCAAAUUCUUCCAAGUUGAAUGAUGUUUUAAAACUGAAGUCAAUACAUAAACAAAAACAAAAAUAAUAUAUUUGGUGAUAAUUGUUGACACUGUAAAAGAUUGUGUGAGUUGCAUACUAUGUUUUGAUUUUGAAUUUUUCACUGCAAGGAAAUGAUGAGGAAAUACAUGUGUGUCUGUG